AUGGAUAGAGAGAAAACAGGAAGAAUUAAUGAUACAAAACUUAUCCAUAUGCUCAAAUCUAUUGGUGUUAAACUUAGUAGAAGAGACUUAUUAGCUAUAUCAGCAGAGGUUAGGGAAAGAGGAGAAUAUACAGUGGAUGAUAUAUUAAAAAUAGGAGAAGUUGUCUAUAAUGAUGAAGUAAUAGCUAAAGAUCUUGUCGAUGCUCUACUUUUCAUUUCAGGUGGAAGAGAUAUUAUUAGUGCCUCUGAAUUACGUCGAUAUCUUCUUUUAACAGGUUCAAUUGUCAAGUUGACAGAAGAAGAAGUAGACUGCAUACUUAGUGAUAUUGGAGAAUCCGUAAUAAAUAUAUAUGACUUCGUUGCAUAUUGCAUAACUGAAUAG